AUGAACCAGAUGGCAUAUGGCUCGAGCACAUCCUACGGUCCUGCCUGCGGCCGAUGCUUCAACCUAACGCUGCUUAACACUUUCUUGUCUGACCCUCCGUUCUAUCCUUCGGAAACCAAGAGUGUUGUGGUAAAAGUGACAGAUCUUUGUCCAUUGAGCACGACAGGCUGGUGCAAUGCAACUAGUGUGGGGCCAAACGCCGCCGGCAACUACUUGAAUUUCGACCUCGCGUGGCCAUCUUCCUCGAUACCGGACGACUUCUUCCCGUCAAAUGAGUCUUUCUACGGCUAUAAAGACUUCGGCGUCUGGAACAUCAGCUAUCAGAGUGUUGACUGUCUAGACGAUUGGGCAGGGGGAAAGAACGCCGCUGCACUCGGAAGCGUCCCUGCGCUCGAAGAUGGCGCAUGUUGUCCGAACAAUCCCACCGGCAAUGCAAACGAUACAUGCCCUUCAUACUCAGACGCCAAUGGCAUACCCCCGGACACCGCAUCGACAGGCACGUUGUCUACCGGCUCCACCGGUCUUCAUGCUGGUGGGAAGGCAGGUAUCGCUAUUGGAGUUAUCGCAGCUGUUGCUUUCAGUGCCGUUGCCGCGUACUUGAUACGCAAUCGGACUCUUGCUAGGCGAGCCAAAUUGAAGAUUGGCAAGAACUGA